AUGCCGAGCAAAGGAAUUUCAGUCUACAGCUACAUCUCCCCCUCAGUCGAGGGUUACGAGGUGGGAUUUUCCAUCCCUGGAGAUGCGGUCGUGCACACCCUGGCCGACAAUUUCACCCACCGGCGGUUGGAACUGGACUCGGCGAAUAUUCCCGGGGAGGAGAAAUUCACCGGUCGGUUUGAAUGGAAAGUCUUCCGCUACGGGGAUGUCGUUGCCAGUGCAUACAAUGACAUCAACACCCUGACGGGCAAAAUCACGGGCGGGGAGAUGAUUUCCACUCAAGACUUCCAUCCCAUCGUGCUGGAGGAUGCCAUCAUCACGUACGGCUUCUACAAUGCAGGACGCGGUGAGGUGGGCCUGACGAAGCGGGAUCAGUGCUAUGUGACCAUUUGUUCGACCGCCAACCGCGCCUGGAUGGGGGAUCUAGCCCCUGUCGGAUCAUUGCAGGCGCAGAAGCCAUUCUCGCGGUUCGCCCUCGCUGCACCGCAUGACAAUGGAAUGAACAGCAUGGACAGCUGCGACGCCGUGUUCCAGCAUCUAGACGGGGACAUUCUCUCGGCUGUCCGCGAGCUUGUGCCCAUGCUCGCCCACAUCAAGCAUCUCCCGGAUCAUUUCCUCCUGGGAAAGCUGCCGCAUAUCGUCUACGGACUGGCCAUCACUCAGAAGAAAGAGAUUGCCAUCAUGCUGGACAUGGGCGCCAGAUACUUCGAGUUCCGACCGGCCAAACUGCUGCCAAUCUUCCAGAAGAUCUCUUCGCUGCCGGACACGUAUUACUUCCAGCAUGCGUGUAUCCCGGGGCUUGCGUUCGACGCUUUCCUCAGCGCGCAGGUGGCUUUCCUGGAUCAGAACCCGACCGAGAUUGUGACCAUCCAUAUCCGUUAUGACAACAUCGUAGCCGACUGCGAAAGACCCACGGAGGAGGAGAUCGGGGAGCUGCUCACCGCGGCGUGUGCCACAGCGACCGGUGGCAACCCUCUGACCUGGGGCGGCCGCGAGUGUUUUAGCCAGCCGAUCGACGAGCUCCGCAGCAGUGGCAAACGACUCAUCUGUGUGAUCGAGGCGGACAAGUACGACAGUUGGACGGCGGAGGCGUACGCGACGUUGAGUGCGGACUCGAUUCUCGCUCGGUUCGAGAGCAUGACGACGGAAGGACAGGAGGGUAGCGAUCUGACGGUGCUGCAGUGUCAGGCCACCUCCCAGUCGAUCAAAGAGGUGAUGAUUUACAGUGUUGUGGAGGCCGGAGCGGCCUCGUCGUGUUUGACGUCCACCAAAGCCGCGUUGGACACGCGGACUCUGCCGUGGAUUCGCGAGAAUGCAUUGGAGCGACUAAAGGCGGAAAGGACAAUCGUGAUCAUGAAUGACUUCAUCGAUGGGGCAACGACGGACACUUCCAUUUUGCUGUCGAAGCAGCGGUUGGCAUUGUAG